AACGAGUGCUUUUAUGGAGACAACCUCAGAACCUUCAAUGACUCCCAUGAACGGUCUGAGUAAAAUACCUUUACAGUUUAUAGUGGAAGUCACUAGUGGAUUAUCGUCCUGUGGAUAUGGAUUAUACAGACCACAGUUCAUCUAUCCAACUCCUUCUCAUGGUGAAAUAUUGAACGCCACGGCAGGUUCAGAAUUCCAACUACAUAUAUCAGCGCAGGCAUCGUACACCAGCAUCACAGAUUUUAAAGUUAGCGGCCCGGCCAACUUAACCAGGGGUGGGAUUUUCCAAAGCGGGUCUUCAUGGACAAAGGACAUAGUAAUCCAAUGGACACCGAGUGACAGUGAUAUAGGGGACCACAUUCCUUUCUGUUUCAUAGCCGAAACUUCCCAAAGGUAUCAGUCGGAAUUAAGAUGCGUCCUUGUAGCAGUUGAAAGUAGAGUUGAUGUGUCUGCCUCCCAUAUGCAAGGGGGUCUCAUGUCUUACAGAUUCAAAGGGACAAAUCAUAAUGGAGCACUUGUGGUUGACUUCAAGUACAAAGCAGCAUUUGAUCAGAAUAAUGAUUAUCAGUUCAGCUGGUUCUGCUCUUCUGGGGACUGCGGAUCUGUUGUAUAUAGUAGCUAUGCCCCCGUGGAAAGCAGCUCAUAUCCACGUCCGUGGUACCAAACAGAGGGCCAUUUCAUCAGGCACUUAUACAACGAUAAACCAUUUCAGCUCAGUGAAGGCGGUUGCUGCUGGGUCAAUAAUAAGGUUGGCGUUAGUGGAUGGAAUCUUCUAACAGCUGUGGAUUUAGGAAUCAGAUCGGACACAUCAACGCCCAACAACCCACCAGAGACCAAUAUAAUACCAGUUAUCAGGGUUCCUCAGAACUGUCCAAGCUCCUUAAACUUAAUGGCACAUGAUCCCGAUGGAGACAUUGUACGGUGUAGAUACGGAGAACCAUUGACUGGGGAGUGCAAUGGCUGUAAUAAACACCAAUAUUUCAGCUUAGACCAGAACCGCUGUAUUCUAUCACUUUCCUCUACAAUUUCCUUGGGCCUGUAUGUGAUGGAGCUGGUUUUGGAGGAUUUUCCCCAAAAAGACAUAUACCUUAGAUACAGGGAUGGGACAUUGAGUUACAAAUACAGACCCUAUGGUCGCAAGAGACGAGAGGCGGCAAAUAAUCCUGCAAGGUAUUUUUGGUGGACUACAGAUGGAUAUGACUUCACCGAUACAACAACUUUGGAAACUUCAUCUGUUCCAGAUUCUUAUACCACUGAUGAGGUCUCUACACAGGCUAUUUCAGAUGUAACGACGGAUUUUGUCCAUGAAACUACUCUGUGGUUGACUACAGACCUUCCUAUAGAAAGUUCAUCACCUACAACAAGUUAUCUUCACACAGAACCUGACACUUCAUCACCUACAACAACUUAUCCUCAUACAGAACCUGACACUUCAUCACCUACAACAACUUACCUUCAUACAGAACCUUACACUUCAUCACCUCCAACAACUUAUCUUCAUGCCACAUCUGUUUCAAUAAGUACUCCAGAGGCUUUUCCCGACACUACCCUGGAUACGACUACAGAGGCUUACACAGAGCUUAUAACUAAAACAGAGUCCACACCAUCAUGGCAUAUUCCUUGGACUACCCAGAGCUGGAAUCCGCACACAACACAUCCGACCUAUGAACCAACAAUGCCUUAUCUUAGUAAAAUUCCUCUACAGUUUAUAUGGGAAGUUACCAAGGCAGUGCCAUCAUGCACAUACGGGGAAUACAGACCGAAAUUUCUCCCCCCAACCCCGGAGCAAAGCAAAAGGUUGCGGGCCAGGGCAGACACCCUCUUCCAAAUUCAACUCUCAGCACAGGCUUUAUACAGCAGCAUAACAGAUUUUAAAGUUAGCGGGCCGAGCAAUAUUACUAAAAGGUUUACGCAAAACAAUACAAACUCCCAAGUUAUGACGGUGGAAUGGACCCCAAGUGCUAAUGACGUUGGAACCCAUGUGCCUUUCUGCUUCUUGGCAGAAACCGUUGACGGGUACCAAUCAGAACUUAGAUGCAUUGUAAUAAUUGUCGGGCCAAAGAUUUCAUUGAACUCCACGUUAAUGUGCAAUGAAAACACCAUGACUCUGAUCAUCGAAAAGUCAAGAGAAAGUGGGCUUUACGAAAAUCACUUGCGUCUGAACGAUCCCCGAUGCCUCGUCUCGUCCAAUGCUUCCCACCACAUUGCAAGUGUGGGAUUUAACUCAUGUGGGACACAAAUGGAGGAAACUGAAAAUGACAUUGUGUUCAAAAACCAAAUCACUUCAUUUGAUAAUGCGUAUGAUGUAAUCACAAGGAAACAUCAGGUGGUAAUCCCAUUCAACUGCUCGUUUCCGAAAAAGACCCGAGUAUCUGCAGCGUUCCGAGCCGAAAAGGCGGUUUUCGAGUUUACAGAGGCAGGAUUUGGCAACUUCACCUACAAAUUCCAGUUUUAUACCGAUAAUCAGUUUACAACGGUACAAACACAGUAUCCGCUAGAGGUUUGGCUAAGAGACCAGUUGUACAUGGAGGUAGAGGUGACAUCAUCUGUGCCAAAUGUUCAGCUGUUUGUAGAAUCCUGCAAGGCUACCCCGCACGAUAAUCCUAAUGAUCCGGUGUUUUACGGCAUCAUCGACAAUGGGUGCCUAAAAGAUGAAACCUUAGUCAUUUAUCCCGGAACCCGUACAAAAUCUAGGUUUGGAAUGGAGGCAUUUGCAUUCAUUGGAAACAAUGAAGAGGUUUAUGUGAGCUGUACCGUCAUAUUAUGCAAGUUCGGGGAUCCCAACACACGGUGCUCAAAGGGCUGCCUCGUCAGGUCGUCUGCAGAACCCGACGCGUAUCGUCAUAAGAGGUCAUUAACGCCUGAGGCGUCUGAGUCACUGCAGCACUUCAUUUCACAGGGUCCUUUGCGGAUGAAGAGACAAUCAUCCAAGAAAGAUUCCGGAGGGAGCAGCGAGCUAAAUGUGAACACACUAGUUAUGUCUGUUUCAGGAGUCGUUAUAGUUGCACUCAUUGCAGUAACAGUAUACAUCUCUAUGAAGAAAGCCAGAAUGAGCCGAUACAAGAGCCUCCCGACAGAAGACUUUUAAAUAUCUUUACACAAUAAAAUAAAGAAAUAUAACAACAGGUUUCUGCAGCAAA